AUGUCUGGUCUUCGAGAAUUAUCAAUAAUGACAAAUCCAUAUCAGCUUCUAAAACAACUCAAAGGAACACAAUUCAAAAAUAACAGAGCAUUGGCAAUGCCCUCUGCAUUUAUAUUUGAUGAUCAAUACCCUAUUGAACAGCUAUGUUUCAUUUUUCCAUGUGUGCAACGUUUACGCAUAGAUUCAAUUAACAAAGCAAUGAUGAUCCGUAUGAUUGAUGGAUUUACGCAUUUGUCAAAUGCAUCGUUCUGUCUUAAAUCGUUGUCCAAACGAGAUCAAAACGAUUGGCAAGUGAAACCAGAAUGGGCACUUUAUGAAGCACAACGACUAAAAUGUUCCACCUAUACUUGUCGAUAUGAGAAUUCAUAUCUACACGCAUGGAUCAGCGAACAAGUGAGUCAGCUGCAAUAGAAAACACUUUUAUUGUUAUACUAAUAUUGUCAUUUAGUCUCUACCCUCUUCCCGAGUAUGGCAUUGGCUGCAACAAAGAGAUUACUGGUAUUACAGAGUUCAAUCGAUUAGCGGACCGUUGGUUAAUCCAAUAAUCGAUUUUAUUCAUGCUUUCAUUUCUAUAUCAUUCCUUAUAAUGUUUUACUCAUUUACGAUUAUUUACUUCAACUAUGAGCUACCCUUUCUCAUACAUCUUUUAAUAUGUACUGUAAUAAUGGUACAUAGUUCACAGUCAAAAACUUCUAAGAAAUACUUCGUAAUCAUUAUUUGUUUGGUGACCGUAUGUGCCUAUGAUGUUAUACAGUAUUUGAUCAAUCAUGAUUGUUAUUGUCUGGUAUAUUAUCAGAUAGGUCGCUCCUUUUGCGGAGACAAUGAAUCAGCUACAGCGAACUGGACUAUGUUCUUAUCGAUAAAUGAUCUGAACUCCCACACAUAUAUACGUUCCUAUAUCAAAGACACAUUCGUUUGUGAUUCUUCGUAUUUUGUCUUUUCAUACUUUGUAGGUAUCAUUACUUUUUCUGUCAAAACUGUCUUUUAUAUAUUUCAUCUUGUGUUCAAUGACUUUCUCCGAUUUCUCUAUUUGAUUGUAUUUAUAGGUAGCCUAAGACAGACGUAGAAAUUAACUGAAAACAAGGUAACUGCAAUUUUCUCUGUAAAUAUAUCUGGUUGUAUCGCCCUCAUAUCAUCAUUCUCUUAAUAGUCUGGAUAUUUACAAUCGAAAUUCUGAAGGACAUGACGUACGAAUGUUCUCUUUUUGUCAUGCUUUAGAUUUCGAAAUCGAACUUUCCAACGCGUUUGAAUACUAUUCAUUUUACAAAACUUCCCCUGUACCUAAGGUCUAAGAUGAAUCAAAUUAAAAAACGAAAUUAUUGAAUAUAUCGAGUAAUCUAUCCUGUUCUCUUGUAUUGUCUUCUAGGUAAAAUCUACUUGCAUUAAAAGAGUGUGGGUGUGGGUGUGGAUGUGGCUCUAGCAUGGGUGUGGCUAAAAAGAUGACCAACACCCACACUCACUCCCGCGCUCACACCUACACCUCAGACCAACAUCCGCCACGGCGACGGCUCAGUUGCACGGCUCACAUCUCUAGUUAGUUCAAGUAUUAUUCUUCAGUUUCUGAGAAAAGCCAAAAAAGUUUACUUACUAUAAUUUUCUUUUUUUUAUUCAGUUCUCAUGAGACUUCUAGCUAUUUUAUUGGAGGAAUUCAGUUGUCAAAUUAUUUUCUUUCCUUUGUUGUUUUCAAUUAUUUAUUCUCAUAUUUGCACGUCAUCGUCCGGGCAAUCUAAAUCGGUUGCUCCUAUUUGAUUGUUUUGUCUGUCAUCAUUCCGUUGUUGUAAUUUAUUGAGGGUGGGGUGCGUUUUGGGGUGGGC